AAUUAUAAUACAUAGAAUAUGUCGCAGAUGUGAUUUUGUUCUCGGUAGUUAGUUAUUCGAACAGAGUCGUUGGUGAUCUUGAUCAUUUUUCAAUCUAAGAAAUUCAAGAUGAAGGUAAUCGCGUGCUUUUUUGUAUGGACGUUGGUAAUGUCAAUGGUUUUGGCCAAUGAUAAUGCGGUUGUACAGAAGAAGAAACAAUUUUCUGAUGAAUGUAAAAAAGAACUGAAAACUAGCGAUGCUGAUUAUGGUAUCUUGGCCAAAGCUGAAGUACCUGCCAACGAAGCUCAAAAAUGUUUGCUAGAAUGCAUCUACAAAAAGUUUGGACUGAUUAAUAAAAAUGGCAAAGUGGACGCUGUAGCUGCAGAAAAAUUGGCCGAAUUGAGAUUCGAAAAAGAUAAGGAGCAUUUGACCAAAGCUAAAGAAGUCAUUAAAAAAUGUCAAACUGAUGCUGACAAAGCAUCUACUACUGAAAAAUGUGUCCUCGGGAAAGUCAUCAGAAACUGUAUUAUAAAAUAUGGUCAAAACACUGCUUUCUUGUUCAAAAAAGCCUAAGGUAAUCUCAGAUGGAUUGACAAUUUAAAGGAAUGGAAGAAUUAUUUAUAAACUCGAAUAGGCCUAUUUAAUAUUAAAAUUAGCAUUAACUUAUUGUUUCAUUCUUGGACUUUUUUUUUUAAAUUUAGUUUGUAGUACAUAUUGAUGCCGGUUUAUUGAUUAUCGAUGCUUUACUUAGUAGGUAAGCUGAUUUUGUUUUGAUUCCAUACGAGUAUUUUUCGUCAUUUUACGUGGAAUCAAUCUCAGGUAGAUAAUGCCACAGUAACAUUGAUAAUAUUUUUCUAAUAAAUAAAAUAUUGCAUUGCAACAAUA